AUGCACGGUGCAUUUGGGGACGAGGAUAUGGUAUUGGGUCAGAUAUCGAGUGAUGAGGAAUCUGUAUCGGACUUUGCUCCACGAUCGACUCCUCCAGACAUACGACGUUUGAAUUCUUUCCCCGACGAUGCUCCCAGCGAGAGGUUCUGGUGUCUCCGCCAUCCUCUCCACCAAGACAACACUCACCCGUUCAGGCACCUCCUGACGACGCCAUCCUCUUUCACUCCGCCGGGAACGUCGCCAUUGGCCAGUAUCGCCCCUCAGGAUGAAUCUUCUUCUGUCAUUCUCAAUCUUGUGCUCACAACUCCGCCGCGUCGUCUUUCGUCAAGCACUUCCAUCCUUGACUUCCGCACCCCGUCUCCACCCCAUGGCCUCUCCAAUAUUUCUGCUCUCCCUUCAUCUUCCGAGGAUGAAGUAGAGACGUGCGAGGCGGAUGUCACUCCCAUACGAGUCGAUGAGGGCGGCCUUUCCAAUCCGAACUACACAGCGAUGAAGACCCCGAGACUUCCUGGAGCAUGGGCUGCUCCGCCUGUACCACCCAAGCACCUGAUGGAAAGAUCACCACUUCCUACUUCGUCUGAGUUGACUCUGCCUGCGAUGCCUUUCUCUCGAGCCAAUUCUGAACCCGAGCGGAGCUCGAAGACUGAGGCCCCUGCAGGCAAUGGACUACUCACACCAAUACCUUCUCUGUUGCGUGCCAACUCUCUUCCUUUACGCACCCCGGCUCCCCUGGUGCAUCAUGGACAGAAUGGUUGUACCGAUCAGUCCCAGUUUGGUUCUAUCGGAACGAGAAAGAGCAUUCUAGGACGGUCAGCUUUGAAGGCGGAGCUACAUGGCACUAUGCGCCGCAUCAGCCAACCCGCUUGGGAGAGGUGUGGAGAACGCCCUUACACUGAGUUAUGGCCGCCUACAUGA